AUGGGCUCGAAAGCCUACUCGCAUGAUAGCAUCGUCCUCCAGACGAGCCUAAACCGAAUUCAAAGUCAUUUUCAGCUGCUAGUCAACUUGGAAUCAGGUUCGAGUUUCCCGUUACAAAAAGUUGUUCUUUGGACCAAAGAAAGUUCCUUUCAGUGA